AUGGAGCCCCCGCCCAGCAACACCCUUGGCUCCACACUACAAUCUCUCAAUAGCCACCUCGAGAAGGCAAGGUGGAACGUCGACGAGAUGAGAAAGCCUCUGGAUGCUUUGACUGCGACUAUAGACGGGCUACAGGGACAGACGAUGCAGAUUGCGCUCCUGGGAGAGGUUGGCACCAGACAAGAAAUAGCUGGUCUUCGCACCCAGAUCCGCAACCAGGACCAGAAGCACAAGGAUGGCAUCAAAGAAAUCCAAGGAAUCCUAGACGAUUUGUUGCAGAACCAGGUUGUUGAGCACAUGAGGAAAGAGGUCGAACAAGAAAUCAGCAACCAAAUUAAUGUUUUAGUCCAAGAGCAAGUCGCCGAAUGCCUCAAGGACCACAUUCCCCAGGCACUCCAGGUCGAGGUCGAGGAGAGCAAGCGCGAGCUUGAUCGGCUUAACACCGCCCUACACAACUCGGAGAGCCGACGGUCCAACGGGAACCUGCGCACUAACCAGGUGGACGACCUCCUGGCGACUAUGUUUAUGCUCGACGGUACUGUCAGCCCGCGCUUUCCCAAGGAUCUCAAAGGGCUAUUCUCUCUCGAUGAGUGGAACAAUCUAAGCCUCCUUUCUUCUGGCCUCUCACCUUCCCUAUACCGCAACUGA